UGUCAGUUUGCCUUUGUCGACUUUCCGAAACUCCACGAGGUCACGUAUGCCGAUGCGUGAUCUGGCAUGCGUGAGUAGGGCAUCGUCGGUGCUUUUCUCGCACCUCUGCUUAUAUAUAAUUACCAAAAAAAUGGAAUGGCAGAGCGUAUUAGAAUUUCUUAGGCGUAAAUUUAAUGCCACAUAUAACUUAAAGAAAAAAUUCAAACAUGAACAUGAAUUAAUGUCUUAUUUAUGGACUGAACCAGCCACAAGGAAACUUGUGCCUUUAUGGUUAGAGCAACGUUAUAAUAAAAAAGAAUCUAAAUCAAUUGAGAAAGCACAAAUUUUUAAAAUAAUGGGAAAUAGAGAAUUUCAAGAAAAAAAUUAUAUUCUAAGUAUACAAUCGUACACAAAAUGUGCCUUAUAUGCCCCUACAAAUAGUUAUGAAUUAUCAGUUGCAAUUGCAAAUAGGUCGGCUUCCUUAUUUUAUUUAAAUAGAUAUGACGACUGUAUAAAAGAUAUCAAAUUAGCAAUUAAAUUUGAUUAUCCUAAAAAAUUACAUUAUAAAUUAUAUUUGCGCGCAGUACAAUGUUAUAUGAAAUUAGGCAAACAGAACUUAGCCAAAGAUACACUUUUCACAUUACAUGAUAUUCUGAAUAAUCCUGAUUAUACUGCACAUUCAAUGAAAGACGAUAUUGAAAAGCGAAUUUCUGAAAUAAAAUUCAGCACAACGUGUGUAGAGAAUGACUUACCAAAUAUAAGUAAUUUAUCGAAAUUAAAGUCUGAAAUUGUAUUUUAUGAAAAUCCUGAUUUUCCAAAUGCUGCUGCAAGUGUAGAUAGAAAAUAUGACAAAGAAUUAGGGAGAUACGUUAUAGCAAAUAGAUUUAUUGAAAAAGGUGAAAUUCUCUUUUUGGAGAAACCUGUAAGUUUUGUAUUAUUAAAUCAUGAUCCCAUAGUAAAUCAGCAUUGUCAACACUGUAAUUGUUCAAACACAGACAUUCCUAUUCCAUGCACAAAAUGUUUAAAUACGUUUUAUUGCGAUGUAAAUUGUUCAAAUGAAGCAUGGUUUUCAUAUCAUUGUUGGGAGUGUUCAGGAAAUCAAAUGGAUCUAUGGAAAGAAAUUGGAAUAGGACAUUUGGCACUAAAAGUUUUAUUAAUGUGUACGACUACUACAGAUACAAUUAAAUUUAAUGCAAUGCAAAACUUAGUAACUAAUUUUAGUAAACUAUCUACAGAAGAUUUGAUUGUGUAUGGAAUUACUGCAAUUAUGCUUACAAUGUACUUAUCAGAGUGUACUGAUUUUUUUAAAGUAAAUAAUCUUAAUGAUUGUCUUGUAAGCAAAUUUUCUGAUAGUAUUUUUAAUUCCAAUUUUAAUAUUUCAACAAAUAUUGACAAACAAAUUUAUGUAAGUUCUUUACUUUUGCGAUAUAUUCUACAACUUAUUUGUAAUGGACAUGCAAUUGUAAAAUCAAACAUAUUAUUGAAUGAAAAUGAAUCUUCCAUGGAACAACAAAAUAUCGUGGCCACAGGAAUUUAUCCUUCUGCAAGUAUGAUGAACCAUUCUUGCGAUCCUAAUAUAAUUAACAUCUUUAUGGAUCAAUAUCUAAUUGUGAGAGCAUCAAAACACAUUGCAAUAAAUGAAGAAAUUUUCAAUUGUUAUGGUCCACAUUAUAGACAAAUGUCAAGAAAGGAGAGACAGAAAAUUUUAAAAACUCAAUAUUGCUUUACUUGCAAAUGUAACCCUUGCAUUUUGCCACAUUUGGAAUAUUUUGUGGAAAGGUUCAACGCCAUGAAUUGUUUAAUGUGUAAUGGUGCAUUAUACAACAUUGAAAAUUCUUUAUAUUGUUUAGAUUGUGGUAAUAAACCAAAAUUUUGUCAAGAAAGUAAAAUACAACAAGCUGCAAAAAUGUUUCAUUCAGCUCAAGAUUUUAUGGACUUAGGAAAAAUUGAUGAAGCCUUAAAUGAAUUAAAAAAAUGUUUACAUAUUAGAAAGGCAGUGUUAUAUAAAUAUAAUGUAGAUAUUACAAUCACUUUAAAUUUAAUGGAAAAAAUCUAUACUAUAAUGGGACAAUGGAAGGAUGGUAUAGCAUGCUUAGAAAAUACAAUUACUACAGUUACGGAAAGAUUUGGUUCAUCCAGUAUAGAGCUUUUAAACAUAUUAAAUAAACUUACAGACCUAUAUAUUAUACAGUUACAAAAAGAGUUAAAUACUGCAACAGAUACAUAUAAGACUCCAGUAAAAAGAAUACAUAAAUAUUUAGACCAGCUGGAAGAACUUACAAAUUUUAAUUUUGGAUCAUGGAACAACGUUUAUAUAGAAAUAAAACAGAAACGAGAA